AUCUCUGCUGCAGGGCCCGACGAUCUCUGCCUCCGAUCGAGUGUCAACUAUCCAGAUUCACUCCAGGAACCAUGGCGGCCCCGAUGUAUGCCGACGAGAAGGCCCCCAAGACCCCCGCCGACGUCGCCGACCUGUCCUCGGACGAGUCCAAUGCCGCCGACAUCUUCAAUGCGCUCGUGACCGAAGACCACCAGCAUGAGAUCAAGCUCCGAACCAUGUCCUGGCAAAAGGCCGCAUGGCUGCUCGCCGGAGAGCAGGUUUGUCUGGCCAUCAUGGCUCAGACAUGGUCGCUUUCCGUGUUGGGAUGGGUGCCUGGCAUCAUCACCAUGGUCUUGUCCGGCGUCCUGUUCUGGGUGACCUCCACCACCAUGCACAAAUUCAUUAUGAAACACCCGCAGAUCAAGGACAUUUGCGACUUUGGCUACUAUGCCUUCGGAAAGAACCAGAUCGCAUACAUCUUCUCCGGCUUCAUGUUGCUGGCCAACAACAUCCUGCUGAUCGGAUUCCACAUCCUGACCGGGGCCAAGAUCCUCGACACUCUGUCGGAUCACUCCUUGUGUACGGUCGGGUUCUCUGCCAUCUGCAUGGUGAUGGGCAUCAUCAUUUCCGCUCCUCGGACUCUGCACCACGUCUCGUUCAUGUCCAUGUUCUCUUCGGCCUGCAUGGGCGUCUCCAUUCUCCUAUUCCUCAUCUUCGCCGGCAUCGAAAAGGCGCCCCUGGUGGGCUACAAUGGGGACUAUCCCACCGACGGACCGGUGCACACCUACGCCUUCCCCCUGCCCGGCACCACCUGGGUCAACUGCCUGAAUGCCGUCCUCAACAUCACCUUCCUCUGGGUACCCCAGAUCCUCUUCCCCAGCUUCAUCGCCGAGAUGGAGCGCCCGGAGGACUUCCCCAAGUCGCUGGCCGUGCUGGUCGGCAUCUCCACCAUCCUGUUCAUCGUCCCUCCGGCCAUCGGAUUCCACUUUCUCGGCCAGUAUUCCACAGCCCCUGCCUUUGGAAGUCUCGCCACCGCCGUCUACAAAAAGGCCUCCUUCGGAUUUGUCAUCGUGCCCACCCUCUUCAUCGGCGCCAUCUACGCCAACGUCACCGCCAAAUUCAUCUACUCCCACGUCAUGGGUGCUUCCAAGCACGCACACAGCAACACCAUCAUCGGCUGGGGGGUGUGGGGACUAGUCAUGGCCUUUAUUUGGGUCGUGGGCUUCAUCUUCGCCGAGGUCAUCCCAAGCAUGGGUGAUUUCCUCUCUUUGCUGGGAGCCGCCUUUGACUCCUUCUUCGGGUUCAUCUUCUUCGCGGUCGCAUACUGGCAACUGUACAAGCGAACCCUAUUCGAUGGUCCCUCGCGGAGCUUUAUGACCCUGUUCCACAUCUUCGUCAUGGCCUGUGGGUUGUUCCUGCUGGGGCCGGGCUUGUAUGCGGCCGUCGAGGCGAUCAUCGCCGAUUAUUCGGGAUCGGUGUCGCCGGCGUUUAGUUGUGCCAGUCUGGGGAUCUGAGUUGUCUUUGUCGUUCCGUUUAUCUCUCACGUAAUCUGAUGCCCGAGAGCGCUGUGUCGAGUCGCUUGUCAUGUUAAUUACCCACGAAUCAAUUCUUCCAAACGGGGAGAGAUCGUCUGCUAUCUCUCUCAUGGGAUAUGCUCCUCUGCCCC